CUUUACGACAGCACUAUUUUACUCGCCGCCUUCACUACUACUUUUCUACACCUACUUCUUUACGGAUUGGCUAUACUAUUCAGCUUUUUAAUUCUGGCGGCUUAGGUAGAUAGGAUUUCCGACAUCAACGUCACUUCGUCAUCCCGAGGUCACAGUCGUCACAGUCGCCACGGACGCCUUUCGGCGCGUAAUGGCAUAUGCGAGGAUGGCUCCAAUAUCUCUAAGCUACGACGCGAGGGGGGAGUGCAAGUGGCAUGCGACUUUGGUACGGACUGCACGGAUUGCGGGCCGUACAAAGGAAUCAUCUCCACAUGGGGCACCAAUGCGGGUUUUAAAGGGCCCAUCGACUUCUUGCGGCGCCAGGGCGUCAAGGUGUACGCGCGUCGGGUAGCCUUCGAGCCGCGCUUCCUCUUUGCGUACACGGAUCCCAAGGAGGAUCUGGACGUGUCAGACCAAAUCGAGCGGGUCGGGUGCAUGGAGCUGGGAAUAGUGCAGAUUUUCCACGAGGUUCUAUCACAGCGCUGCGCGCCGUUCCGACCGCCGGCAAUGGCGGGAACGGGAGCGGCUCCAAGCGGUGCUUUGGCGCCCCUGGUGGUCGACGUGGGCGCCAACUUUGGCUUCUUUUCAGUGUACGCGGCGAUGAUGGGCUGCAGGGUCGUUGCCGUGGAGCCUGUCCCUCGCUUCCUAGCCUUCCUGCACUGGAGCUUAGCAGCGAACGGGCUGAGGGCGGUCCCGUUUCCCAUUCCCGGUCUUCACCCAUCUGCCACCGGCGGCGGCAACGGCGGCGGCGGCGGCGGCGCAAGUGCGGUGGUGGUGGUGGAGCGUGUCGUGUCGACCGUGUCUGGAGAGAAUGUGACUAUGACAGCACCACGAAGGGGCGUCUGGGGGACGGCCAGCGUUGCCGGCACCGCCAAUAACAUAGACCAGGAUCUGGAGACAAUUGCUGUCGAGUCUGCAGGGCUGGACGAGAUCGUGGGAUCGGAGCAGGUGUUGCUAUUAAAGGUUGAUGUGGAAGGUUAUGAGCCAGUGGUGUUUCGCUCGGGCGAGCAGCUACUGUCUGACCAACGCGUGGAGCACAUCGUCUUGGAAUACUCGCCGGGCAUGCCUGAGACCCUGGACCAAGUCUUCCCAGCGAUGGGCGGCAAGGCGCCCGUGGGUACGGAGGAUCCUCCCAAGAUGCUGCUCGACAUUCUUGGCAAGGGUUAUUCUGUCGUACAUCUGCCGGACAACUUUGCAAAGAGCGGCUUUUUGCCGCAGCUCCAGGAUCCCCUUCCGGAGUUCCAAGAAGUCACGGCACGCAGCGUGUUGUACGACAUUGCUGACUUGGCAUGGUUUCGGAACUUCUCGGGAUCGGGAGACAGCUGCCCCUGGCCUUCGGAACUACGAGCGGUCAACGAGGGCGCGUGGGGCGGUAGCAGAUGUUUGAGAGCCCCCGAAGACUCCCAUCCCAAGGACGAGACCCGGAGCUGGUCGUCACAGCGCUAUCCCGAGACGGGAGUGGGCAACCGCGCCUGUCCCUACCUCCCAGCAUCCAUGAUGGUGCGCAGUCGCUGCCGCUGCCUCAAGCCCGACUUGUGCGGCCGAGAAGAGGAGCUACCUGUUUUAGGUGUGUUGGGCGGGAAAACCUACUACCCCAGGCCUUUAACAUCUGCGAAAGAUUAUCGCGUCCUCAUCUCAAAGGGCAAGUCGGACGCUAAGAAGGCCAAGAUCUACGGUCGCGUGGGCAAGAAAAUUAUUCAAUUGGCCAAGGCCGGUGGUGCCGACCCCGUCAUGAACGCGGCGCUGGAUACUCUACUCCGCCAAGCGAAGGAUUUAGGCGUCCCAAAGGAUAUUGUGGAGCGCAACUUGAAGCGCGCCACAGAUUCAAAGCAGGGCGAUUACCAGGAAGUGACGUACGAGGCGUACGGUCCUGGCGGUACAGGCCUCAUUAUCUUCUGUGUGACGGACAACCUGAACCGUACGGCAAGCGAGGUCAAACCCACCGUCAUCAAGUCGGGUGCUAAGGUCGCCGAGCCCGGCUCUGUGAUGUUCAACUUCUCUCGUUGUGGCAUGAUCGUUGUGGACGGAACUACGGAAGACGCGGUGUUUGAGGCGGCCAUGGAGGCGGGUGCGGACGACGUGGAGCCGGUGCCUCCCGAGGAGGACGGACAGCCGAGCACCAGCUACAAGGUGUUCGUGCCGGUUGAGGCUUUCGCGGCCGCCAAGGCGACGUUGCGGCAAUUGGGUUUCUCCGUGAACGAGGAGGACAGCGACCUGGUGUACAAGGCGGCAGCGCCUGUGGAGGUGGACGACGAGGCGUUCAGUCGGUGUGAGGCGCUCAUGGAGAAGCUUCUGGAGUUGGACGACGUGGACAGCGUUUUCACGAAUUGUGACGGCCUGGUGGCGUGAGAAUGUGUGUAUGUAUGUGUCACUAUCUCGGGGCCGUACUACACCAUAACGGAGAAAUGCGGAUGCAGGGCGGGAACGGUUGACUGUUGGGGAUGUUCAGUCGCCCCAUACCCUAGCACCUUCCCGACUCCGGAUGUUUUGCGCGCUCACGCAGUCUCGUCCAUGGCGCCGUACCUAAGUUGCCGUACCUAGCUCACCACAUUUUGUUUGGUGCAUGUUCAGACGAGAGCUGGUACGUGAGCUGGCCUAUGCGGUGCGGGGUGCGGUGCUGCACAGUGCCGUACGGCACGGGCCUAUGCGUGCAUGUGUUUACAGAAACGAGCCGCGGCGUGUGCGUGUGAGCGUGUGGCCUAGCAAGCUGUCGAGUGUUUCACGCUGGGUAGUGUGCUUAGGGUGCGCUAUCCACACGUGUGUGUGGAGACUUGGUAAAUAUUAGCCCAGAUCGCUUCCAAUUUCUGCCCUGAAGCGGACGGUGCUUUCGUCAUUCGUUAGGUCGUUAGUCCUGGUUGGUGGUUCUCCUCGGGUGGAGGAUAGCUUUGGUGGAGGCCCAACCACGGGAUAGCAGCUAGCAAAAAGGGAAACGGGAGCCCCGCCGAGUGGAUUUUUGCGCACGCACGUGCACGGCUUUUGGCGUAGGUGCGGGUCAGAUCUGAGGACAGUCAGAGGGGCGCAAGGAGAGAGAGCGGGAGGUUCUCCGUGCAGGCAGGGGGAAAUACAUGCUGCUGGAGACGCCGUCCUGACUGAGGGGGUUGCGUGUGCGGUGGUUGGUGUGAUGCGCUGUGCUGUUGGUAUGUCGUGUAGGGGAACGAAGGGACGACUGCUUACCGCUUAUGUGCAGGUUAAACGAGGAGGACUAAUGGGUGUAUGGAUGGUAAGUUUAAAUAGUUAAG